AUGAUUGGAGCUAUUAUAUGUUAUUUAUAUAAUGAUAAACUUUUUUUAUCAAAACAUAAACAUCUUAAUGAAGAUUACUGGGCAUCAAGAGCAUGUAGUAGUAAAAUUGUUGCAUCAAAUUUUAACCAAAUAUCUAAUAAGUUUAAUAAAGGAAGAUUUAAGGAGCUUCAAAAUAAAUGGAAACAUAUUGUAAUAAUAAGAAAUCCUGUUGAACGAUUUUUAAGUGGUUUUACACAUUUAUGUAUCUUAAGAAUGAAUGAUACUAAUUCUUUAAGUUCAUGUUAUCAUUGUAAAGGAAAUAUGGAAUGUGUUCUUAAAAAUUUAUACAAAACAUUAAAAGCUUAUUCUCAUAGAGAAAAAGAAACAACUUUUCAUAUUAAAUAUCAUUUUUUUCCACAAACAUGGUUAUGCCAAUAUCAAAAAUAUAAAAAUAAAUAUAUUAAAGUUAAAUAUGAAUCUAUGAAAAAUGAACAAUUUUAUAUACAAUUACUUAAUGUGUUUCGUUCACGAAAUAUACCAGAAAAUAAAUUAAGUUACAUCAAAUGGGAACUUAAACAUUCACAAAGUUUUCAUGCAACUAAUGGAACAAUUAUUCAUGAAAAACAAAGAGAAAUACUAUACAAUAAUCCAUUUCUUCUUAAACUUCUUUCUAUAAUAUAUAAUGAUGAUUUUCUUGAAUUUAAUUUUGAUUUUCCUAUUAACAUUAACAAAAAUUUAUAG